UGGAGCGAUAUUCGCCCGUGAAAUUUGGGCUUUAAAUAUGGAAACUGUGAAAACUAUCUCACACAGCUGUAUCGAGUCAAGUCGCUGCGAAGCUGUAUGAAAGUAGCGUUGCUUGUAUGAGAAUCACAGAUGAAGAUUCCCACGAAUUCCAGCGUAAUCAUUGAAUGAAGGAAUUCAGCAAUUUGUCAUAUUUAGCUGAGAGAAAUUUCAUACGUGACUUCGAUAUAGUUCUUCAAAUAUAAAACCUACGUGCUGAAAAUCCUGUUUGGUCAAAACUGGAAUUCCUCUUAGCACAAAGCACGGCGGAAAGCCCCUAAGAUCAGCUAUGGGUUAUUUUCAUGUGUUUUGGAUUCGAGUGCACAAGCCACCAUGGAAUAGCAGAUUGCCACAAACUAUCUCCAGAAUGCCCAGAAUUACGGUCUUUGUGUUUUCGAUCGUUUUUUUGGGGGGGUUUCUGGGAGUUUCCGAGAGUCGAAAAUGCGCGAGCCAUCGAGAUUGCCUCGGGGACUACAUCUACUGUUGUAGCGGUUACUGUCGGCGAUCUUGCAACAUAUCGUGUUCCCGAGAAGAACACUGCGGCUCGCCGGGAAGCCUCGAAGAAUACUGCUGCAAAGGAAAGUGUAUGUCCACUUCGUUGCCUUGUGAAAAACCUCCAAAGGAGAAAGAAAAUGCCCUUAGCGGUCCGCUUAUCGCUUUGGUUGUAAUAUUUAGUGUGAUUCUGGUAGUUGCUGUUGCUUGCCUUAUCAGAUCUCAUUGGAAUAAAUUGCGCGCGCACUGUUUCGACGAACGCGCGCGACAAGUGGAGAUACCAGAAAGGUCCGCCAAAGUCCGCGGCGCAGGGUUCGUAUCGCUUGGAGGGUCUUUUGAAACUGAAGAUGGAUCAAGUUACACCGAAAGAAUUUCUCUGCAAUCUUCUGGCACUUGGGUUGGUCAAGACUUUACGAUCGCUCAACCAAAAUCGUCGAAACGUAGUGGUCGCGUGUAAAGAAAAGAGAAAUAUCACACAAUUAUUCCUUUCUUAUCGGAAGUUGUAAUUCAUCUGUGACAUUUACAGCACGUGUGAUUUAGCAUGCACGUCGGCGUUGAAAUUGAAAAGUGAUAGAAUUCCUUGAAAUAUAAUUUGACUUCUAAAAAAUUUGCGGAACAUUCAAGUUUAAGAAACAACAAUAAGACAGUGUUGCGCGGUUCUGCAUCUUAAACAGACCUCUCGUUUUAGCUAGGGAGAAAAAGUAAUAAUAUCUCCAUAACUGGUCGAUUUUUUACUGAGAUAGAUCAAUAGAAUCAUUUAUUUUAGCUUUCACCAGGGCUAGGUGUCAAGCUUCACUUUUCCCUCUCAAGUAAAUCUCGAACUCUCUUUUCUAGCUAAGCAUUGGCUAUGUGAAUCGACAACUCUUGAAAUUUCCGGAGAAAUCCAUAGAGCCUUACCAGACAAGCGAAUUACAUAAGAAACCGAAAUAUUUAAAAUGUGGCAAUAGAUGAAACUGUAAGUUAGUUGAAAUCCCAGUUACCAACAUUUCAUGAUAAAGAAGCCCUUACAACUGAUAAGUGCGUCUUGCAUAAUUAUUUUAGUUUACUCUUCUUUAAGUCGAGUACUAUUUUCUCUUCAUAAACCAUUCUAGCUAAGUUUCACGGGCGUUUCAAGAAACCUAAAGCUAUGGGA